AUCUUAAGACCGCAAGAAGAUAAUAGGUGGUAGUUAUAGUAUGCGAAAAAAAAAAUGAUAUUUUAAUGUAAUGAAGUGUAAAAUAGAUAAUACGAUGUGAAAUUUUUUGAAAAGUAAGGCGCUUUUUGGUCACCAAGUUUAAACAUUAGUGUUCAGUAUUUAACGUGUUUGAUGUACUAGUCUUGUUCCCUUGUUGUUUGGAAAACAGGGUUAAAAAACCAAUGUUAUAAAACCCAUUUUUGAAAUCACCUCCAGACAGUUUUUAAACAACAAAUACUAGUGCUAAGUGCCAAUUCCGUAAUUAUAUUAAACAACAAACACUAGUGCUUAGGUCAGUUUUUUCGUACUUUGGUCAGUUUUUUUUAAAAUGUUUUGGUCAACCAUGUUCUCUCUCCUGAUUUAUGGGCCCACCAUAUUCUUUCUUCUGAUUUAAAAUAAAUUUAUUUUGUAUUUUGAUCAGCUUUUUUUAUUAUUCAAAAUACACAUACUAAACACAUAUUUUAUAUUUUUUGAACACUAAAAAAUGUUAUUUAAACCAUGAUACCAAACAUUUUUUUUUUUCAUAUUCACACUAAAAACAUGUUUUUAUAUAACACUUUUUAAACCACAGUUCUCACAUCUUUUUAAAAAAUAAUUGUCUAUCAAAAAUGAGCAAGCCAACACAAUUAAAUUUAGGAGGUAACAACUUUGACAAGGAAAUUUUAAGAUCUUUAGGUGCUCUCCCAGUUCUUAAAUCUUUGGAUCUAAGUUCCAAUAACAUGUGGCAUCUUUCUAGCAAAGAAUUGGUUUAUCUAAGCAACUUGGAGGUCCUUAUCUUGCAAUCUUGUAGCCUUAAUGGAAGCCUACCAUUCAAGGAUAUGGCAAAUUUCAACCGUUUGAAGAUUUUAGAUCUAAGUAAAAAUAAUUUCACUGGGAGCAUUACUCCAUAUAUCGGAGCGUUAUCUUCUCUCAAGGCUAUAUCAUUAUCUAGAAAUGAACUCAAUGGAACUUUAAACACUCCAGAUUUUUGUGCACUAAAGAAACUUGAAGAGUUAGAUCUUGGUGGUAAUAACUUUGAAGGAAUCCUUCCUCCAUGCUUAACCAAUUUGACAUCUCUUAGGUUGUUAGAUAUAUCUAACAACCUAUUCAGUGGAACUCUGUCUUCAUCUGCAAUAGUCAGCUUGACAUCUCUUGAGUACAUUGAUCUGAGUUAUAAUCUUUUUGAAGGAUUAUUUCCAUUCAGCUUAUUUGCUAAUCACUCUAAGCUUAAGGUGAUUCAAUUUUUGAGUGCCAACAACAAGCUUGAUAUCCAAACUGAAAAUCCAAGUUGGGACCCUUUGUUUCAAUUAAAGGUUCUAGUACUGUCUAACUGUAAUAUAAACAAGCCCACUGGCAACCUUCCUAAGUUUCUCUUGGACCAGCAUGAAUUGGAAGUUCUUGAUAUCUCUCAUAGUAAGUUGAAUGGAAGCUUCCCCACUUGGUUGCUCGAAAACAAUACUGGACUUCAAUUGCUAAAUCUUCGAAAUAAUUUUUUGAGGGGUCAAUUUCAUUUGCCAUCAGAUUACUAUAUGAAUCUCCUCCGGUUGGAUGUUUCCGACAAUACCUUUGAUGGGCAUCUUCAAGAAAAUAUUGGAAAGAUCAUUCCAAAAUUAAGAUAUCUAAAUUUAUCUCGAAACUAUUUUGAAGGUAAUCUCCCAUCGUCCGUUGGUGACAUGAGUAACUUGUAUAAAUUGGAUUUGUCCUUUAAUAAUUUUUCAGGAGAGAUACCAAUGGAGUUGGUUGCUAAUUGCACCUCCUUGCAUAUUUUGAGGUUAUCUAAUAAUUACUUUCAUGGAAAUUUUUUUUCAAAGAACUUCAACCUAUCUAUGUUAUCUUAUUUAGAAUUGAAAAAUAAUCAAUUCAUAGGGACUCUUCCAGUGGUAUCCCCUAAGAUUUGGGCAGUCUUAGAUAUUAGUAACAAUCACAUGUCAGGUAUAAUUCCCGUAUGGGUAAUAAAUAAUACACUAUUGGGUAAACUCGAUCUGAGUAACAACUUUUUCGAAGGUCAUAUUCCGUGUGGAAUAAGUUCAACAUAUGCAAUGAACCUUUCUCAUAAUUUUCUUACUGGAUCGUUACCUUCUUGUUGGAAUCUACAGAAAGUUAAGCAUGUACUUUUAAGUGGGAACAAAUUCACAGGAUCAUUACCAAAAGCUAUUCUCAAUUCAUCAUCUCUUCUGACACUGGACAUUAGAGAUAAUGGCUUUUCCGGUAAUAUCCCUGAAGAAAUUGAAAGGCUUUCUAACUUACGAGUACUUUUAUUGAGUGACAACCAUUUUAGUGGUAUGAUUCCAAAGCAGCUGUGUCGAUUAAAAAAGAUAGGCAUAAUGGAUCUUUCUAAGAACUUUUUUUCUGGGACAAUACCAUACUGCUUUCAUAACAUAACCUUUGGGAAGCUAGCUUCUAGUGACUUUGUCUACACACAUUAUCGUUAUUUCUGGAGCUCGGGUUUUUCCCUCCCAUAUAAAUCUCUUAUAAAAAGGGAUUUUGAGAUUCAAGGGACAGAAUUUAAGCACCUGCAUCAAGUUGAGAUCGAGUUUUUGACUAAAUAUAGGUCUAACUUGUACGAGGGUCUCAUCCUUGAUAUCAUGUCUGCAUUAGAUUUGUCACUCAACCAGCUAAUAGGUGAAAUCCCACCAGAUCUAGGACAACUAUCUUCAAUUCAUGCACUAAACUUGUCCUACAAUCAAUUGAUAGGUCCUAUUCCGAAAACAUUCUCAAAUUUGACUCAGUUGGAGAGCUUAGACCUUUCUCACAACAAUUUGAGUGAAGAAAUUCCUUCAGUGUUGACUGAUCUGACGUUUCUAGCAGUUUUCACUGUAGCUCACAACAACUUAUCAGGUAAAGUUCCAGAAAUGAAACAAUUUUCAACAUUUGAAGAGAGCAGCUAUGAAGGAAAUCCAUUUCUUUGUGGUGCACCACUAAAGAAAAGUUGCCCCGAUGCUGAUGAAUCACCUCCAACAUCACAAAAAUCUUCAGAGGCAAGUGACGGCAGGUGGUAUGAAGUUGAUCUUCUAGGCUUCUUUACAACUUUUUUGGUAUCUUGCAUUAUUUUCUUUUUGGGUGUAGUCAGUGUUCUUUAUAUUAAUCCUCAUUGGCAGCAACGAUGCUUCAACUUGGUUGAGGAUCGUAUGUACUGGUGUUAUUUUUUUGCUUUAAAUACCCUAAAAGAGCUGUCAAGCCGUAUGUGUCAUUAGAUGUACUCAAUUUUUGUAAAAACCUUUCGUGGUAGUAUUGAUAAAUACCUAUGUGUAUGGGUAUGUUUGGUUUUGAAUUGUUAUCAUGCUCUAUUAUGAAACAAGGAGCACACUUGCAGUACUUUUUCAUUCGUAUUGUAAUUAUUGUGACUACCUAAUGUCAUGUGCGGGUCUCUUAUAAGUUCAUUUUAAAAUAAUUCGUAGAGAAGUUUUUAUAUA